CUUGGACGCACGUUGACAAGAUCGAAAGAAGCUUUGGGUGUGUGUACGUCUUUUCGCACCGUGCUGCAAGUCGUAAAAUCGAUUUUUGAGCCAUUUUUGCGGUAUUAUCCGCUCACCGGACCGGCCAAUUUACGUUCUUCCAAACAUGGGUCGCUCGAGAUCGCGAAGUCGUUCGCCCAAAAAGCACAAGAGCAAGCACCGGAAACGAAGCAAAUCGCGCUCGUCCUCCCAUCACCACCGGAGCAGCUACGAUAAAUACAGAGAGCGCAGCUCCAAAUCCAGGAAACGCUCCAUCUCUGAGUCCUCCGAUAGUAGCAGCGAUGGUUCAAACAGUGGGUCCCGGCAUCACCACAAAAAGAGCUCCCGCAGCCGGAAGCUAACAGAGGUGGAACGUUUGGCAGAGAUGGAACGACAGCGUAGACAGAAGGAAGCCGAACAGAAGAUGAUUGAAGAAGAAGCAGCCAAGCGAAUAGAGCUGCUAGUGAAGAAACGUGUCGAGGAAGAGCUAGAAAAGCGCAAAGAUGAAAUUGAAACCGAGGUUCAGCGGCGUGUUGAGGCCGCCAAGAAGCAGAUGGAGCAGGAGAUGAUGCUCGAGCUGGAAAAACGAAGGGAGCAAGCUCGCGAAGAGGAACGCCGACGAGAGGAGGAAGAGCUUAAAAAGCGCCAGGAACUUGAGAAUAUUCUCGCUGAAAAUAAUCGCAAAAUCGAGGAGGCGCAACGCAAGUUGGCCGAAGAUCGCCUUGCGAUUAUCGAAGAGCAAAGAAAGAUGGACGAAGAGCGUCAAAAGAUGCGCAAAGAGCAAGAGAAACGCAUCAAAGAAGAGCAAAAGAUGAUCCUGGGCAAGAACAAUUCGAGACCGAAACUGUCGUUCUCGUUAAAACCGGGUGUAUCGUAAAUGAGAGAGUGGAUCGAUAAGUGUGUCGUGAUCGCGAGUGUGUGCGUGUGUGUGUCGUUGGCUAACUUUAGCCGUACCCCAUACCAUCAUAUCCACAAACAUCAGCAUCCGCUGUCCCUUCCGUGUAAUAUCCACUGUUUUUUACUGUUUUCUCUUCCGUUUUAAUUCAUGUCAGCAGUAAGAAUGUGUUAGAGAAAUGUUUCUAAUGCAAAACAUGUAGGCAAUUCUUAAACGUAACGUAAGGAGCUACAAUUUUGAACACGGAAGGAGAAAUGUGUUGAUCCUUGUUUUUUUUUUUUGGAAAGGAAAUCUCCUUUCUCCACGUUGACCAUCGGCAAUUGAAGCAAUUGAUAACUGUGUUAUUGCUAACCAGACGAGCCUUCGUGUAUAUUGUGGUGGCGAUUGGUUUCGAGAUCGUUUUAAUAUGCAUGCUUUUGUUCGUUUGUUUGUUUAUAUUUUUAACAGCAAAACAACCAUUUAUUGUUGUAAAUUUUGGUAACAAUCGAAACCGCCUCCCGUAUGGUAUCGGGAUAGAGCGUGUCUACUUAAAUCGCGUAUCGCGAUUUUUCCUUGCUUCCAUUUAAAAGUGAUUUUUUAUUGAACGCGCUGUGUAACGCGUUCAGUUGGUGUUUCAGCAGCGUUCAUCUUCCUGUCUUUUGACGCUGGAAGCUUCAUUGCUGGUGCAUAUGUUGCCAUGUAUAAUGUAUCUAUUGUAGGAGGUUAAGCAAAGCAAUGUUUCCCUUUCUCUUGCUAUCUUUAUACACUUACAUGUAUAUGUUAUGUAUAAGGCAGUCAAGUGUGAAAGCAAUUGAGACGAUUAUUUAUUGUAAAAUUUUCGUUUCUUUUUUUGUAAUUUCUUAUUAGUUUAGUUUGAAACGUCAACCACAAUGGAAGUACUUCUUAAUUUACAAUAACUUUGGUUUACUGAUUUUUGCUGUUGUGUUGACAAAAAAGUUACUUGAUAUUAAUGCAUUUUGUACAGAAGAACCCCUACGGAACCGAUUACUACUAAUUAGGUAAUCUUUGUAAGGCAGUUAUAUCGCUCAUCAGAAGAAGAAAAAAAUGUGCUCAUUGAUAAA